AUGGAAAAUAAAUAUCAAUAUAAUGGUAACCCAACAUUACCUGAUAUUAUUGAUCCAGGUAUCACUAUCCCUAUUUUUGAUGAUGUGAUGGAAGAACCAGGAGAUCAAUUAAGUUCUCAACAACCACAGAAACUAGGUUCAUAUAGAGUACGUGCUGGAAAAUUCUCAAACACUUUAAGUAAUUUAUUACCAUCCAUUAGUGCAAAGUUACAUCAUGCAAAGAAAAGUUCAAAUGGUAAAGUGGUCCCUAGUGAUUCUAACCCUAUGGAUACCAAUAUGCAAACCGAUUUAGAUUAUCGUAUCAGUGGCGAAAUAAUGAGAAGAAGUGCAGAGGUAGAUAGAUUGUUACAUCAGGGUAUAAGUAUUAACGAAGCUGAAAAUAUUACACCUCCACAAGAUUCUGAUAGAUUGGUACAUUUCCCCCCGUCGGCUGAUUAUUUGAUAAGUGCGCCGAGAAGAUCAAAUGAUUCCUUCACAGUAGGUACAACUUUAUCACAACCAAUGAAUAGAACUCGUAACAAUACAAUGUCCUCACAGAUUACGUCCAUAUCUUCAAUGGCACCAGGACCAGUAUCCGCAGGAGCCAUUUGGGGUAAUACAAACCCAAGCGUUGAUGACUCGUUACAUCAAUCAACAAAUACAAAUACAAAUACUACCAACAACAACAAUUCAAUUUACGAACAAGUGCUACCUUCUAUGAGCAGUGGUGCAGUACAGGAUAGUAACGCCUCGAUUCAUACAAAAAAUACUAACAUGUUGAAUGUACCUCCUACAGCAAUGUGGGCAAAUCCAGCACAAUCAAGACAAAGAUCUGCUUCCAAUAGUUCAAGUAUAUAUUUAGACGCGGCACCAUUCGAUCAACAGUCAUUAUAUUCUCAUGCUCAAUCGAAUUAUACAUCAACUCAAACGUACCACGAGGGACCUCUAGUGAUAGAUGACGUUGAUCCAAGAUCAAUAAAUUGGGUGUCGAAUGAUCCAAACGUACCAUCAAUGAAUAGAAUUUCAACAUUGAUUCCAACAAAUACAAUUUCUAUCUCCAAUGUGUUUCCUUUACAAGAACAACAACCUCAUUUGAAUAAUGCUGUCAAUUUAACAUCUACAUCCUUAGCAACUUUAUGCAACAAAUUUGGGGAAGUUAGCUCUGCAAGAACGUUCAAAGGUAUUAACAUGGCCAUUGUAGAAUUUACUACUGUAGAAGCGGCUUCUGAGGCUUUAAAUGCUUUGCAAGGUAAAGAGGUCUCAAUGAUAGGAGCUCCAAGUUUUAUUGCAUUUGCUAAAAUAUUACCAAUGCAUCAACCACCUCAGUACUAUAGUAAACAACAAGUUCCACAAACAGAACCAAUUUCUCAACCAUUACUACAUGAACAACUAUAUAAUGGAUCUGUUACGUUACAGAAGCAAGGAAAUGUAUCUAUUCCAGUGUUUAACCAAUACCAAUCUCAACAAGGUCAAUCAGUACCUCAAACUCCAUAUUCUGUACAAUUACAACAACCAUCUCAACAGUCACAUAGUCAACAAUAUGGAAACAAUCACCAAAAUCAUGUUAGUCAUACUCAUUCAGGUUCAAUAGAAAGGGAACAAUGUCCAUUCCCACUUCCUGCACCCUCUGUAAUAAGCAAAAUGGGUGAUUUGAAGAAAAUUAUCAAUUCAUUUGAUAUCGUGCGUGACGAGGAACAAGUUACCAACUUACUCAAUGGUGUAAUAAAUUUUAAAGGUACUACGGAUACUGGUAAUUUUGGCCCCUUACCAAGUUCUAAUGUAGUGAAGGGAUUUGAAGCCUCCAAAUUGAGGGAGCUUCGUAAGGCUAUGGAUAGCGAUUCUAUGCCUCAAAUAGAACUAGAACAACUUGCAAUGACAAUGCUAGAUGAAUUACCAGAACUAUGUUCAGAUUACCUGGGUAACACAAUCGUUCAAAAAUUAUUCGAAAAUUCUUCUGAUAUAAUUAAAGAUAUUAUGUUGAGGAAAACCGCCAAGUAUUUAACCUCAAUGGGUGUCCAUAAGAAUGGUACAUGGGCAUGUCAAAAAAUAAUUACAAUGGCUCAUACCCCUAGGCAAAUUCAAUUAGUUACUUCGGGGAUCUGUGACUAUUGUACUCCACUAUUUGAUGAUCAAUUCGGUAAUUAUGUUAUCCAAUGUGUUCUUAAAUUUGGGAUGCCAUGGAAUAAUUUUAUUUUUGAAAGUAUUAUAUCUAAUUUUUGGACAAUUGUACAAAAUAGAUACGGUGCAAGAGCAGUUAGAGCAUGUCUUGAGGCACAUGAUAUUAUUACCAAGGAACAAACUCUGGUAUUGAGUAGUGUUAUUAUAUUGUAUUCGGAAUAUUUAUCUACCAAUGCUAAUAGUGCACUAUUAUUAACUUGGUUUUUAGAUACAUGUGUUUUACCAAAGAGACACACUGUGCUGGCCUCAUACAUUACCAAAAAUAUUAUAGAAUUAUGUCACCAUAGGUUGGCUUCCUUGACAGUUCUAAAGAUUUUGAAUUAUAGAGGUGAUGAUAUUGCCAGAAAGAUUACCCUCCAGGCAAUUUUUGGCGAUUUGACAUCUGAGGAACCACCUCAGUCAUUGAAAUUAAUUUUGAACGAUUCAAGUUACGGACCUACAUUUAUUUACAAAGUCUUGUGUAUGCCUUUAUUAGAUGAAGACACAAGACAACAUAUUGUUCAGCAAGUUAGAAAAGUUGUCAAGGAUUCUGUGUCGGCUCAACAACAUAGACGUUUAAUGGAAGAAAUUGGGUUUGCACCAUCCAGUUCACAUUCUCAAGGAAAUAUGAAUAGACAUACGCAUAGAAAGACAAGUAGCAAUAUCGCAUUCAACCCAGAAGCAAACGGCCAUAUGAGAGGCCCUUCGACAUCUAGUACACGCAGUAACGGUUCAAGACAGGCCAAUAUUGUAUCCCAAACAGUUUCGGGGCAAAUUGCGAACUCUCCACCAAAUAAUGCUGCAAACGCAUCGUACUUUAAUUAUCCAGGGAUGUUCCCAGGAGCAUUCUUUGGGGCAUCAAAUGGUUCCAAUAUGAUUGAUAAUGAUGAUAUCAUUAACAAGUUCGAAAGACUCAAUUUGAACAAUGGUACUCACUUAUCACUUCCAAAACUGAGCUUUAGAGGUCCCGCAUCCAAUGGUUCUACAAAUAACGGUACUUUUGAACAAGACACCACGGUGAACAAAGACUACAACUUAUAA